UAAAAUCUGACUCAUUCAAACCUCUGCAAACGGCUCUUUCUCUUAUCUCUAUGGCCAAGAAAUUUUAAGCCAUUUCUCAUUCUGAGGCUGUCUCCUCUCUGGACCAAAAAAGAAACCAUCAAUGCUCACUAUGCAAAGAGCAAAUCCAAUUAAGCAGAAAACCAAAAAUGUGUUAAAACCAAAAAGUUACAGACAAAAUUAUUUACGGCACCAAAAAUUGUAAAUUUCCGGUUAAGUAAUGGCCGUAGAUUGGCUUCUUCUCCGGCCGUACUUACUGUUUUCAUUCACUUUGAUUGGGCUGUCUUCUAUGACAAAUUCCAUGAGCGAAUAUGAUGCUCUGCUUAAACUCAAAAAAUCAUUCACGAACACCAUCGCUCUUAAUUCCUGGGAUCCAGGCUCAUCACCUUGCGGCGGAAGAACACAGUGGAAAGGUGUGAUAUGUUACGACGGCAUUGUUACCGGUCUUCGCCUGGAAGGGUUUGGUUUAUCAGGGGCAAUAGAUGUCUCUGCUCUUGAAGCUUUAAAGGGUCUUCGAAGUAUAAGCUUUAGCAACAAUUCGUUUUCUGGUCCCAUUCCUGAUUUGAGUAAUUUGAGUCAUUUAAAAGCCAUUUACCUUUCUACUAAUAAAUUCUCCGGUGAGAUUCCGUCUGAGUAUUUUGCAAGAAUGGAUUGGCUUAAGAAGUUAUGGCUUUCAAAUAACGAAUUCACGGGCAAUUUACCCUUUUCCUUAUCUAAUCUCACAAAACUUAUCGAACUUCAUUUGGAGAACAAUCAAUUUAGCGGAACCAUUCCUAAUUUCGACAUACCUUCUUUAUUGGAACUCAAUUUAUCUAACAACGAAUUAGAAGGCGAAAUCCCAGAAAGCUUAUCGAGAUUCCAACCAAGUUCCUUUGCCGAUAACCCGAAUCUUUGUGGGAAAAUGCUUAGCAAUAAGGAGUGUAGUAGUCAAGACAAAAUCGAUCUUGGGAUAGUAAGGUAUGAGGAAGAUUCAAAGAAGAUUAUCGCCACCGCUGUAACUUUUGUGGCUGUGAUUGUUUCUCUAAUCAUUUUUAUCAUAAUUCGUUCGAAACGUAAAGGGAAAGAAGAUUUUGACAAGCUUGGUGAAGAUAGCACAGAGCAUAAUAAUAGUAAUAAUAAUAAUAACAAUAAUGCCCCUGUUGAGGUGCAUGUUACUACUUCACUAAACAAGAAGGAAAUGGAUUCUGCUCCAGAGACUGAAUCGAGCCCCUCUUCAAAUCUUAAAGGAGGGUCUGAUUCUAACCAGAGAGGUGGCCGGGGAGGCGCGGGCGCGGCUGCUGUUCCUGCAGCGGCGGAGAUAGUGAUGGUGAAUGAGGAAAAAGGGGUGUUUGGGAUGCCGGAUUUGAUGAAAGCCACGGCUGAGGUACUAGGGAAUGGAGGGCUUGGAUCGUCUUACAAGGCUGUGAUGGCUAAUGGGAUAGCUGUGGUGGUUAAGAGAAUGAGGGAAAUGAAUGUUAAAGGAAAAGAUCAGUUUGAUGCAGAGAUUAGGCGGUUGGGGAAGCUUAAUCAUUGGAAUGUUUUGACUCCUUUGGCUUACCAUUAUCGAAAAGAGGAGAAAUUGGUGGUGUCUGAGUAUGUUCCUCAUGGGAGUUUGCUUUAUCUUCUUCAUGGUGAUCAUGGAUCUUCACAUGUGGAGCUUAACUGGCAUACUCGUUUGAAAAUUGUGUUAGGAAUAGCCAAAGGGUUAGGCUAUCUUCACACAGAAUUGUCUUCAUUUGAUUUACCUCAUGGCAAUUUGAAAUCAAGCAAUGUACUUCUGGGACCUGAUUACGAGCCUUUGAUAGUUGAUUAUGGAUUUAUUCCACUAAUCAACCCAACAAGUGUUAGCCAAGCAAUGUUUGCGUACAAGACCCCAGAAGCUACAGAACACAACCAUGUAAACCAUAAAUCAGACGUUUACUGUCUUGGCAUCAUAAUCUUGGAAAUCCUAACAGGGAAAUUUCCUUCUCAAUAUCUCAACACAGGUAAAGGAGGGGUUGAUGUAGUCCAAUGUGUGGCCUCGGCUAUAUCUGAAGAAAGAGAAACAGAGUUGUUAGACCCCGAAAUCUCGAAUAUUACUUCGAGAAAUUCGCUGGGACAGAUGGUGAGGCUCCUCCAUGUUGGUGCGGCUUGCACCAUGAGAAGCCCCGACCAAAGGCCAGACACAGCUGAGGUCAUUCGGAGAAUAGAGGAGAUACAAAGUGAGGGAGGCCAAGAAAGUAGUGGCAGUAGUACAAAUAGAGCAAUGCAAGUAUUGCCAUCACUCCGAGAUGGUUAUGCAGAUUCCAUACCAACCCCACCACUAUCAUCAUCACUAUCACUUGCUGAAAAUCAUGAACUGAGUUUGAGAGAUGAUUUUGGUGAGGUUUCUGGGAGAAAGAGACUAAAAAAUGGUGACAGUUUUGCCUUCCCAAUCUCAUAAUUUAACUAGUUUGUGUUGUAUUUUCAUUAGAGGGCAAUGCUGAUUUUUUGAGUUCUUUCUUGUUAUAUAAUAUUAUAGCAAAUAUUCUUUGAGAUGAGAUGGCUUAUGGAUCAUUAUUUUUAGAUCGCUUACAAAACAAUUUGAACCUUUGUACAGUAAAUUUAUUCUGUGUGACAAUGUAUACUUCCUUGCAUAAGAAAACAAAAAUGUGUCGACAUUAAAUUAUAAUAAAAUAUAAUAUAGAAUAUCACAUUUUCUCU